ACUAUGUCCUUCGUUUCCAGUCAGAACUGGUUUCCCGCCCAGCGCUGCUUCCCGGCCCGCCUCAGCCGCCCUCACAGCGCUCAGUUCCCUGUCUGCUGUUUCUCAGUGUCUUCGCUUUCUCUCUGGGUGUGACGAAACGCCCUCGAUUCGCUACGUGAGCGCCUCAGGUGUCGUCUGACCCUCUGGGACGGACCACGGGGCUCUUCAGGAGUCGCGGACGCAAUUACUGCCACGCAGAUGAAGCUACAAUUAAAGCUUUAUUAUUUUGCAGGCUUUUUUUAAGCAGUGCAGCGCAGGCUAUCAAUAGUCAGAAUCGGCACAGCACAGACCUCGAUCAGUAACAGCUUACAGUCAUGAGGUGUGCCCUCAUCACCUGGACCAGGCCAAACCCUAACGCUGCUCGCUGCGAAGGUCAUAAUCUGACCCCAGAACGCACACAAAGGACAACAUGUCGCUGGAUCCAUCCUCAGAGGUCCCCCUGACUGUGGGGAUUUCUGUUGGCUGCAGCUCCAGUCCAGGCCACUGCUGCCCAGCUUACAGUGUCCCGUGGCACGCCCUGCUUCCCUCUGUAUCAUCAUCUUACAUCACAAAGGGACGGACGCCCCUACUUCAGUGUUGGCUCAGGCUCAGCCCACUGCCUCCUGGCAGCUGCAGAGUUGCUCUCGCGUCCAGUUUUCUCUAGAGGACACAGGAAGUCUCUUGUACCUCAGAGAACGAAGGAGAGAGCUAUUCGGUGAAGGACAGAGAAGGGUAUCAGAAAGGAGUGUUUCCUAGUGGGAAACAUCAGAAACCUUUCGUUCUUUAGCUUCACGUGCUCACCUGAAGCAAGAGCAUGGUCGGCCUGCUAGAGCUGAUCGCUAACAUUGAGCGCUGGAGCAAGACUGAUGGUUGCAGCACAGUCACGUUUCCCACACUUGAGCAGCUUUCCAUCAAUGAUGUCACCACCAUUUGGAACAAUAUGUUCCAGCGCGUUCACCAAUUGCUCCUGCUGAAAAAGCCUCCGGCUGUCAGCAUAACAGGACUGGGGACAUUUUGUAUUCAAAAAUGGCAGGCUCUUGAGGAUGGCAAGACGCUCACGUUUCAGAGACCGCUGUUUUCGCUGUCCGAGGCUGUUGCACAGAUUCGUGAUUUCAGACACCCUUCUAUACACUUGCCUGAUGACACUGAGAUGGUGGUGCUGAACUGUGAGACCAUACGCUUGCACACGCCCUAUUCUCAGCAAACGGUGCAGGGCUGUCUGUUGGAGACCUUGCAGUAUUUCUACCACAUCCUAACAAAUGGAGAAGAUGCAGACUUCACAUUAAAGGACAUUGGCACUCUUGCUAUCCGAGGGGAGCACAUGGAAAUGACCUUUUGUGAAGACUUUUUACUGCGUCUCAACAAGUCGACAUACGUGGUACAAAAGCUUUUCAAUAAAAGAUGGGUCGUCUUGGACAAAGAAACUGCUCACCUGCCAAGCCAUUUUGGCCACGUCCACCUGUUGCCAAAGUUUGAGAUCAAGGAGGUACCUCAACUUGCUACAAAGCCGCUUCCAAAGGAAAAGCUACUUGAAAGAAAAGGGUCUCUUCUCUGCAAGCUCCUCAGACUACGAAGGACCAUUUCUCUAAGCACAUUAACCACAGUUGAGAUAAACGACGAAGAGGAGCCUGCUGGCAGACCGCUCCCACAAACGCCAGACACAGAAGGAAGGCAGGAGGAAGAAAGUCCCAGCUUUCCAGUGGUCACUUGUCAUCCUGAAGAUGAUCCACAUAACCUGUCGGCUUGGAUCCAGGAGAGGAAGCAAUUCAUUUCUCAGCUAGAAAGCUUUGGAGACGUUGAGAAAUGGCUGAGUAAUAAAUCUUCCAAGAGCCAUCUGGAAGAGAGAGUCUGGGAACGCAUAAAGUCACGCAGAGCAGCCAGAAGGGCUGAAGGCAAAUCAGCCAUGACUGAUAACCUGGGUGACACAACAUCAGCAAGCAGCCAGCCUCAGAAGGAUGUUGCCCCUCCUUGCAUACCGUACCCCCAGGCUCUUGUCACACUGCAUGACCUCCUGCGCAGACGGAAGACAACACUGGUGAAUGUCUUCAAGAAAGCUGGCAUGGAAGGCAGAAAUAUCAAGAAAGCAGACUUCAUUAAAAUCAUCAAGCAGACAAAUGUUCCCAUCGGCGAAAAAGAUCUGGACGAUGUGAUCAUCUUUUUGGCUGCCCCUAAUCGUGGGAAAUAUAUUACCAUGGAAAAGCUGAUGGAAUGUCAAAAUGAGUGGCUGGAAAUGAAGAAAAAAGAAUCCAAAGAGACCAAAGCGGGUGCACAAACUCAGCCCCCUAAAGCCGCAUGCAAAACUGCCACAUCUCCACCUUCUGCUGGGGGCAGAGCCAAAGGGAUGGAUCCUACCAAGCCCCAAGUGAAGUUAACACCCUUAGAAGAUACCCCGGUCCAGGCUGAGCCAGGACAAGGACAUCAAACAGACCAUGAAAAGAAAGACACUCCAGAACCAUCUGGAGACAGGACACAAAAAACUAUCAAGAGACAAGAAAUAAAGAAGGACAAGGGCAGCCCAAUCAAAUGGAAAGAAAUGUCUCAGCUGGGGAGAUCUGGGGAGGUAACUGUUGAAGAGCACUGCUUCCCAUCAACUACAGGCAGUGACACAGGCGUGCUGAUCGACCAAUACCGCCGUAAGGUGGCUGCAAGUUACCUGAAUUCCUCCAAGCUGUGCAAAGAGCAUGACAUUCAUCUCACCGAGCCAGUGCUGCAGAAAGGCCUGCUGCACCCAGGAGACAAAAUCAUCAGAGGACGACGCCUGAGGAAGAUCAGGCAGCCUGGAGGAUACUACAACAUAGGACUUGCUGAUAUGUCCUCACCUCUGAGCAUGUCCGGGUCAUCAAAAAGUGCAGCUGGAAACCUGGGCAAAGAGGGCAAAAACAAGAGGACUUCAGAGGAGUCUGGCCAUUACGACUCUCGUCAGAGGAAUCGGAAAGAAAUGGAGGGAUCAGACAACAAGUUCUGGCCAGGUCACCUUCUGGACAAGAUGCGCCUCUGCAUUCCAGAAGAGAAGAUCAACAGGGCUCACCCCUUGUUCAGCUGUGUUCACCCAACCCGGCCUGCAUACCACAUUAUCUAAAACCACAACCAGCACCAGCCAGUCCACGAAACAUCAUCUGUGUCCACCAGAGACGUGGCAUCCAAGACUCAUUCCAGCUGAAGGUCUGCUAGCAGCACGAGAUGUGUGCAGAACGUUGCAAUUCAUCAUCAGCUCGAGAGAUCUGAGCCGUUCUGAUGAAGAAAGCACAGACACGGAGAACACCCUGAGCUGGAAUGGACCCACAGGAGUCAUCUAGUCCAACACUUCAAACCCAAAUAAAAAACAUCAUUCAUCCUAUUCUCGGGACUGCUUGCAUUCUAUAAAUGGAGAAAUAGACAUAGAGAUAAGCGACAACGCUGCGCCAAUGGAAACCACAGCGUCGUGCACUUGGGCUGCCAUUCCUGACCAGGGCUGUGCUCCCAGAGGAGCACCUCACGUUCAGAAAGCUGCAAGAAGUGCUUUCCAUACACAGAGAGCAGAGAACCAUCGCUGGUGACCGCAACGUGGGGCACAUCUGCUGCCCUUUUGUGUUACCUACGAAUAACUCCAAUGAGAAAACCACUGCUCGUUUUCUGCUUAGAUAUGGAGGUUGGCUGCCCUGCCUGUGUUAGGGGGUUGGAGCCUGAUGAUCUUUGAUGUCCCUUUCAACCCAAGCCAUUUUAUCAUUCAAACUACCAGGAAGGUAAUG